AUGUCGGAGACUCAGAAAGGAGACCUAACAGACUCAGAGCGGAGGAUCCUGCAAGUGAUCUCUGCAGGUAAAAACAUUAUUGUUUUAGGCCUAUUUAGUUUACACAGAUCAACUGUCUUUAUGAAAAAUGAAAAAGUAUCCUCUUGCCUAAAAAACUUUUUUUUUUAAAAUGUAGUAAAGAUUAAAAUUUCUUUGAAUAAUUUAACAGUGUAAACAAGGAAAACAGUUCUGUUCUCCUUGUCUCAGGCUUCUGUUCAAAUUUGUUUAAAAAAAGCCUCUGUUUAAGAUUUGAAUCAAAACUUCUGUUUAAUAUUUUUAUUUAAAGCUCCUGUUUAAAUUUUACUUAAAGCCCCUAUGUAUACGUUUAUUUAAAGCCUCUAUUUAAAUUUUGAUCAAAAACUCCUUUUUUAAAUUUUAUUCAAACAUCCUGUUUAUUUUUUUUUUAAUUUGAAGCUCCUUUUUAUAAUUUUUUUUAAAGUUUCUGUUUAUAAUUUCAUUUAAAGUCCCUUUGAAUUUCAAUUAAAGCUCCUGUUUAAAUUUAAUUAAGAGCUUAUGUUUAAAUUUUAUCUAAAGCUUCUUUUUACAUGUUAUCUAAAACUCCUAUUUCUAGUUUUUUAUUGGUACUCCUGAUCUGUUCUUAUCUUAAAUAAUAAUCAAUCCAUUAAUCAGUCAAUCAAAUAAACUUUAUUUAUAAAGCAACUUUCAGAGGAUCUCUGUGCUUCUAUGUGCUUUUCUGUGUGUGUGUGUGUAAACUGUGUGAAACUGUAAUACAAAGUGCUGUUCUUUAUUAUAAUCUAUUCCAUUAUGUUCUAUAUCAGUAGUAUUUUUUUGUCAUCUUUGUUGACUCUUCUUCUUUUUUUGUCCUGGAGUUUAAACUUUAUCUCAUGUUUGUAGGAGACGUUCAGGAGGCUGCUGAGCUGCUUGCUAACAACAACAUCCGGAUAAACUGUCUGGACGAGGUAUGAAACGUGAUUAUUAAUAUUAGUGAUAUUAACAGUUUGCCAAUAAACGAUUAUUUAAGUGUUUUUCUCGAAUGAGUCUUCGUACAUCUGAACAUUAUUAUCCUGUUAGAUAACACACUGAGACCCAGAGAGGGCCUUGAACCUCAGGCUUAGACACACUGAAUCCUUCAUAACUAUGAUUUUCACAGUCCAUUCCCCCACCCCCUAACUCACCCCUCCCAUGAUGCAUCAGUGCUGUCAGAGUGACCUGUUAACUCUGUGACGGGGGACAGGUGGAGAUGACUGAGAGUUCACAACAAAAGACGCAAACACUUAACAUAGCUCACAGACCCUCAAUGUCAUCUACAGCUGACAGACAUAUAAACACAUAUCAGCUGACAGGUCCCUGAAUGCAGCAUGCAGUCUGUAAGUGAUAGGCUGUGAUUCAGUGAAGCUGUUUCCUGCUGCAGCUUUUUAUCUCUGCGUCUCUGCAGAAACUGAAGAUGAAAAUAAGACUGUCAUCAUCAUGUAUAUAAUGGUUGUGUUUUCUCUGUGCUUUUGUGUGUGUUCUGACAGCAUGGGAUGACUCCUCUGAUGCAUGCAGCAUAUAAAGGUGAUUCUGAGAUGUGUCGUCUGCUGCUGCAGCACGGAGCUGAUGUGAACUGUAACCAGCACGAGUUCGGCUACACGGCACUGAUGUUUGCUGGACUUUCAGGUAAACACACCUGAUGAUCUGACCAAUCCUCACACACUAACAAGAGUUGAAAUAUUUCUUCAUUUUGGAAUCUUCACCUGCUGCAGGAAAGACGGACAUCACCUCCAUGAUGCUGGAUGCAGGAGCAGAGACGGACCAGGUCAACUCUGUGGGACGGACUGCAGCUCAGAUGGCGGCCUUCGUAGGUCAGAAGCUCAGACAAAAGCCUUAAAUUCAAGAAACCCCCUGAUCCUAAUCCUCACCUUAAACCUUAACUUAACCCUAAACCAAAACUCGAACCUGACCUAAAAUGGACUCGAUCUGAUCCUUGACUAGACCUGAACCUGACCCUGAUUCCACCCCCUCUCCUUCAGGUCAGCACGACUGUGUCACAGUGAUCAAUAACUUCUUCUCGCCAGCGAGGCUCGAGUACUUCACACGUCCUCAGGGCCUGGAGAGGGAACCCAAACUGCCUCCCCGUCUGGCCGGACCCCUCCACAAGAUAAUUAUGACCACCAAUCUCAACCCUGUCAAGGUGAGGCUGAAAACCACUCAUAUGUUUACCUGCUGCACUUUCCUCUUACAACACCAGUGAAAGGACAGAGAAGCACUGGGUGAGUGUUUCCAGGAUGUUUUGUUUUACACUUUUGCCUGACUAGCCUGUUCAAAAAAACCUCUGCUGAGCUUGACCCUCAGGGUGGGGGUAAGUGAUCUACAAAAUGGUCACUGCACAGAUGCUCACGAUAACUACUGUUUCUGAUUGCACAUCAACCAGCUGAUUAGAGUGAUCUUAGACAAUUUAGUCUUUUUAAACCUGUGGAGGGCGGCAUCCAGGGACUCUGUAGUCCCACUGGAUUAUUUAAAGGUCUGGAGAUGCCUGGUGGACAGGGGGGAGCUUCCUGUCUGAUUGGGACCCAGGACUUGUGAUCCUGGAUUGUUCUGAACAAAUGUGUCACAGGGUGGAUCAGAAGAGGACCUGAUUCCAAAACACCUCAAGCUCAGGAUGAUUGGUUGGCUCUUCCCUGCACAGUCGAGUAAAGAGGAGAGCUGAAGCCAGGUGGUGAAACAUUUAUCUAAACUGGAUCCUCUUGAGUGCCUGAGUGCUGUGGAGGCCCUGAAGUCCACCUAAAACCUGUCAGAAGAACUAACCUCUCAUCUGGUCCAUGCACACUCCCAGAAUCCUGAGGAGGAUGUGGGACACACUGCCAAGCAGAAAGAAAUGUUUUAAAACCUCCUCAGACUGAGUGGGCGGAUGUUAAGAUUAUUUACAACCUCUGCCCUGUCAGAUACUUUGAUGUAUGAUAGAUUGUCGUUCAUGUGACUGUCCCUCCGGUCCCCCCAGAUAGUCCUACUGGUCCGGGAAAACCCAGUCCUGGUGGAUGCUGGUGCUCUGCAGCGGUGUUCUCAGGUGAUGGAUCUGCUGUGUGAGCAGUGCGUGAAGCAACAGGACAUGAACGAGGUGCUCGCCAUGAAGAUGCACUACAUCAGUUGUGUGCUACAGAAAUGUGUUUCCUUCCUGCACAGGCGGGACGACAAGCUGGACACACUCGUCAAAAGGUGAGUCUGAAGAAACCUGCAGACCGUCAUUCACACUGAAUGUAGACAAAAUAAUUUGUGUUGGUAGAUUAUAUGAAAAUUUAAUGCAAAAACGCAAUUGGACGCACAUUCUACUCAGGUGACACUAGUGACAUGAAUGAUGUGAUGCAAAAAGUGCAAAUUGAGCAUAUUAUAUUUGCAAAAGGUGAGUGAAUUUGCUUCCCUUAACCCCCUUGAGAUGCUAAUUUAAGUUAUUAUUUACUAUUCUAAGUUGUAAAUAAACUCUGUCAUUGGUCAUUUUUCAGCCUGCUGCGGGGCAGGGACAGCGAUGGCUUUCCUCAGUACCAGGAAAAAUUCAUCAGGGACUGUAUCCGGAAGUUUCCGUACUGCGAGGCAACUCUGCUGCAGCAGCUGGUGAGCAGCUUUGCAGCUGUAGAGAUUGUAAGUGAAGAAGACAAGCAGAGAUUCAGAGCGUGUUAGCAGCAGCUGAUGGUCUGGCAUGUUUUUUCUCUUGGUUUGUCUGUUAAACUUCCAAUGUCGUGGUUUCCAGGGCAACGACCCCACGGCAUUCUCUGUGCUAAAUCAGGCUCUGACGGGUCAGAUGGCAUUGGUUGAUGCUGAUUACUGCGCCACUUGUGGAGAGAGGGGGGCGGACAAGAAGUGUUCUCUCUGCAAAGCUGUAAGUAUGAGGUCCGAAGAAGAAGAAGAAGAAAUAAAUAUGAGUUUGUUUCCAGGUUACUACAGGUGGGAAUACCUGAGAGUACAAAGGUGUUUGAGGACCAGUUUAUAUACAAAUUUAAUAUGUGUGUAUAUCUUUAUGUGUAAAGAUAAUAGAUAAGAUAAUACAGCAGCUUAUAUUUCAGGUUUUUAUGAGAGUUUGUAUCUGAGUAAUGACAGGUUAUACCUGACUGUGAACAAGAGGUGAUAAAUCAUUGUAAAUAUGAAUUGAUAUGUAAUAAUAAUAGCAUAAUAAUCAUAAUAAUGAUACAUUUUAUUUAUAUAGUUGGUUUCAUGGCACUCAAAGACACAAAGAGCAAGAAAACAGAGUAGCAGAUAGGAUAAAAAGCACAGUAAAGAAACAGUAAAAACAGGCUUAAAUACAGAUGCAUCAACGAUUGAAGCAGAUUUGAACUUAAUAAAUACUAAAUAACCUCAUAAAUAUGAGGUUUUAUGUCUCGGUCAAUCUAAGAGUAUGAAUCAAAGUUUAUACUACAAAAGGACAACUGUGCGCAAGUUUAGGCAGGUAUAUUAAGCCACACCGAUUUCACACCUUUUACAGUAAUAUCUGACGGACAGAUGCUCUUAGUUUUGGGGUCAGUUAAGACUGAAAACCUUCCUUUCUUUUUCUGACUGACUUUGUAUCAGAGUAGAUUUAAUGUUUUCCUUAGUUUUUUAACAGGAGGUCAUUUUGGUCCAAAAUGUUAGGUGUGUUUCCAGGUGUACAGUCUCAGGUGACUCUUUGUCCAUCCUCUCAGGUGUUGUACUGCAGUCUGGUGUGUCAGAAGCUUCACUGGUUCACUCAUAAGAGGAUGUGCGGCUCACUGCAGGAGCAGGACGCAGACCUGGAGGAGGACACGCCUACUCUCAAACAGCUGAAAGGUAAAGGUAUCACCUGUUUCACACACACACACACAAACACAGUACCCUAUAGUUAGCCUUUAUACUAAACUAGUUUCCUGUGUUAAUCAGAUGAUGAGAGUGACCUGGUGAUGGAGACGGCGAGCUUCCUGCAGGAGUUGUGUCUGCGGGCAGAGGAGAAGGUGGCGGCAGCGGGUGGGUGUCCUGUGGAGCUGCUGACCUGUCCCUCUAACUCCACCCAGAGGCCAACCUGCAGAGACUGA